AUGGAGCCACUGAAGAACAUAUUCAGUCGAGGCCCGCUGUCGAACUGGAAAAAUUUGGAUCAAUCGCAAAAAGGGAACUUCACCAACCCAGUGUGGACGGCCUUAUUUGACUAUGAGGCGUCCUGUAAAGAUGAGCUCACCUUGCGUAAAGGUGACCUGGUGGAAGUCCUCUCUCUGGACUCUGAGAUAUCAGGGGAUGAGGGCUGGUGGGCGGGGAAGGUCAACAACAAGGUGGGCAUCUUUCCCUCAAACUAUGGCUCCUUCAAGCCCAGUGGAUAUGGGAAUCUUCCGGGCACUGGUGUGGUCGCCGAGCUCAGCCCGGCCGUGGUGGCUGAGCUUGAACCCGCGGAUGUGGAUUUUCGGGAACUGAGCCUGGAGGAGGUCAUCGGGGUCGGUGGCUUUGGGAAGGUGUAUCGCGGUACAUGGAGAGGUGGGCUUGUGGCCGUGAAGGCUGCCCGCCAAGACCCGGAUGAGGACAUCAGCGUGACGGCGCAGAAUGUGAGGCAGGAGGCGCGUCUGUUCGCCAUGCUCACCCACCCCAACAUCAUUGCCCUGAAAGGCGUUUGUCUUCAGGAGCCCAACCUGUGCCUCAUCAUGGAGUAUGCCUCUGGUGGGCCGCUGAGCCGGGCACUGGCGGGCCGUCGUAUCCCGCCGCAUGUCCUGGUCAACUGGGCUGUACAGAUUGCCAAAGGGAUGCUGUACCUGCACACCGAGGCCAUCGUCCCUGUCAUCCACCGGGAUCUCAAGUCCAAUAAUAUCCUCCUGGCUCAGCCCAUAGAGAACGAAUGUAUGGAGGGUUUGACGUUGAAGAUCACUGACUUCGGCCUGGCCAGAGAGUGGCACAAGACCACCAAGAUGAGCACUGCUGGCACCUACGCUUGGAUGGCCCCCGAAGUCAUCAAGUCCUCCACGUUUUCCAAGGGCAGCGACGUGUGGAGCUAUGGUGUUCUGCUGUGGGAGCUGCUAACAGGAGAGGCACCCUACAAGGGGAUUGAUGGACUCGCCGUCGCCUACGGAGUCGCCGUCAACAAGCUCACCCUGCCCAUCCCUUCCACAUGCCCCGAACCCUUCGCUCAGCUCAUGUCAGAAUGCUGGGAUCAGGACCCCCACCGCAGACCCAAUUUUAGCUCCAUCCUGGCCCAGCUGACGGCUCUGGAGCAGCAGGUGAAGGAAGAGAUGCCGCAGGACUCCUUCCACUCCCUGCAGGAGGACUGGAAACUGGAGAUCCAGGACAUGUUCGAUGAACUCCGGGCUAAAGAGAAGGAGCUACGAUGCCGCGAGGAGGAGCUGAAGCGAGCGGCGCUGGAGCAGAAGUCCCACGAAGAGUUCCUGCGACAGCGCGAGCAGCAGCUGGCCCAGUGGGAGCAGGACGUGUUCGAGCGCGAACUCAGCCUCCUUAUCCUCCACCUGAACCAGAACCAGGAGAAACCCAACGUGAAGAAGAGGAAGGGCACCUUCAAGAAGCACAAGCUGAAGUCCAAAAAUGGGGAGAAGAUCAGCAUGCCCCAAGAUUUCAUCCAUAAGAUUACGGUGCAGGCAUCUCCAGGCCUGGAGAAGAGGCGCAACUCUCCUGAUUUGGGUUCGGGCUCCUCACCCUCCUUUGGCCCGCGUUUUCGUGCUAUCCAACUCAGUCCUAGUGACAACAGUAGGACAUUUGGCCUGAGCUCAGUCUGGCCCUUAGAGGCCACCUCUCAUAAACAACCCAAUGGAGACCUUAGGUUGGGACCCCACUGGAGGCCCCAGAGCCCAAAAAGUCCCAAGAGUCCUAAGGUCCUGCGCCUUAGUCCCCAGGAGAGCAGUCUGUCGAUGAGAGCCAAGCUGCUGGUGUCUGACAGCAGUGAGAACGGAGAAUCCAAGGAUGACUUUGAGGAGUACAGACCCUCCACGCCAUCCUCUCCCCCUGCUCAGAACGGCUCCUCAGUGAAGGACAGCCUGCGGCUUCCUCUACCUCAGGGAGACUCUGGCAGUGAGGAAGGGGGUUACUCCCCAGCUGGCUCCCCCAGGCCUGAGAGGGGUUCCUUUAGUGGCUUAAUCAAGAACACCCACCGGGCCCUGCUUGGCGGCGGCUCCAUCCUGGCCUCCAUUGGACUAGGUCGAUGCCUGGAUAUCCCGCCUAGGGUGCCCCCUCGAACUAACCCCCCGUCCCUUGAGGACCGCACCCCUUCUGAACCGGAGAUCUCGGUCCCAAAGCCCCUCAUUUCAGACCCCCCUGUGGUAGAUGAUCUCAUCACCUUCUCCACCUCUGAGCCGCUCCCCAGGCCACUCUUGGAUUUAACUCUACAAUACCAAGAACUGAAGCCGUUGCCCCUGACGCCGCCUCCACCGAACCCCCGCGAGAGGUGCGGUCACCGGACUCCGCAGACUCCACACAGUCCCCAGAGCCCCAGGACCCCCCUGCAGCACAGUGUGGCCAGCCCGGGGGAAUGGAACCCAUGUUUCCAUUCGACCAAUGGAGAAGUUGGCUUUGAUGCCUCGGAGCACAGAGCUGACAGGAGGAGGAGGUCCAGCCAAGGCCUGCACGCCUCUCAGCUAGUUUUGGACCUGCCCUUGUGCCAAGAUACCCAGGACCCUGAUGACAAACCAGUACCCUAUGCUCUUCACCCCAACCCUGCCCUCUGGAGCCCCAAAACGCGCCGCCUGGAGGUCAGCGUCAUCCCCCGACCUCGUCCCUCCCCCAUACGUCCCCGCAUCGACCCCUGGAGCUUCAUCUCAGCCGGUGGUGGGAACUCAGCUGGCGGCCGCAGCCCAAACCGCUCAGACAGCAUCCCUCUUGGCUUCCAGCCCUCCCCUACCAACCCAUUCACCAACUGUGACCCCUUCCCCUCGCCGGACUGCGACCCCUUUGCCCUUAAGGCCGACCCCUCGAGCGGCUCGGAUGCGGCUUCGCCUUUUGACCCCUUCUCGGCUCCUUUUCCUACCUCCCGUUCUGCCCCCUGCUCCACCAACGGCUCCCCCACGCUGCCCACAUUUCGCAUACCACCCCUCAAUCCAGCCGACUCGCCCCUCAUCGACCUGGGAUGGGCGGCCUGCGGCAAGCCCCUGGAUGGCACCAAAGAGAGAGCUCACCCCCGUAGGACACUGGGGCUCAAGCCCUUCAAGUCACCAACGCAACUCAGAGACGACAGGUUCUGAACGGCCUCGCCCCCCAUGGCAUGAGGCCGACUCUCACUUACGGAUGUUAAAAACUUUGGUUUUCAUCACAGGAACACAGUCCUGGACCCUUUCCACUACUUUAUCCUACAUUUUAACGAGGAUUUAGAAUCUUAAAAAAACGCACACUCAUCAUUCAACCCGCCGAGGGAGGUCUCUCUCAUGGGAGCCCCAAUCAUUGCAGGUCCUAUUUAUAUGCCAGCCUGCUGCUUUGGGAACCUGAAAGCCAGUGAAAGCCAGUGAAAGAUGGUCCUUUUGGAUUGUGGGAUAGUUGCCUGUGAACCAAUAGCUGGUGCCCGUUUCAUUCUCCCACUCUGUCUCUGUUUCUCUUUCCCUUUGAAGGAGCAGAACACAGAUCACUAGUCCCAUCUUCAGAUUUAUCAGACUGCUCAUAUCAUCUGCUUUCAUCUCCCUCCCUACCUUUGAAGCAUUGUGACAAUGCAGAGGUGGAUAAGGCGACUUGCACAGCUU